GCCAUCAUGUACACUCAACUCAUCACCAUCACUAUCGCCAUCCUCUCUACCACCUCCCUCGCUUCUCAAGCCUUCACAAACGCCAACGCGUUCGGCGCCAUGCUUCGGCGCGGCGACGCUAUUGCAAAGCGUCAAGGCUACACCCCCGAUACCGUCCUUUGCGGCUCUGGCGACACAUGCGAGGAGGCGUGUGGAGCGGGCCAGGUCGAGUGUCCGUCGAGCAGUAUAUCUACGCUCUACUGCCACGAUUCGACGGACGGUUCGCACUGCUGCUCUGACGGGUCAGGAAACUCGUGUGACGCAGGAUUCUACUGCACCACGGAUGGUACCGACACAUAUUGCUGCCUCAACAGCAUAGAUACGUCUGCGUGUGCGGCUGUGUACUCGCUCUCUGCAUCGCUGAUCCGCGAGACUGCCAGUGUCAUCCCGUCGGCUGCUCUUUUGUCUAGUAGUGUUCCUGCGGAGACGCCUGCUAGUACCUCCAGGUUGAUUUAUGUCUCGAGUACUGUUUCUUCUGCGUCUGCGUCUGCGUCUGAGUCUGCCACGUCCAGCUCGACGACUAGCAGGUCGAGUACUAGGUCUGCGAGUGCUACGCUUGCGAGCCCUACGUCUGCGAGCCCGACGCCUUCUCAGUUUUCUGGUGCUGCUGCGAAGGUUGGGGUUGCGGGUAUGGCUGUGCUUGCGGGUGGGCUUGCUGGACUGUUGUAG